UUAAGUUCAUUAAUCACCAUUAUAGUUAUAUAAUAAAUAUCCAACGAGUCUUAACGUAAACGAGUGAAAGGCGAAGUUAUUCAUUUAGUGCAUUUUUUUUUAGGGUUGGGGUUUUUCUCGAUAACCAAACGACUGAUCGAUGUUCAGUCGACGCGCUGUCUCGGGUAAAAACAAUAGCUAGUCAGUGUGCGGGGUCCAUGUGCGUGCAAUGAGAUUUAACCGGGGCCUGUGGCUGCUCGUAAAGCAGUUGGAGAGGUUAAUAACGAUGCAUUAUAUUUCCUUUGUGCUACUGUGUUUCCCUGCUGCAUACCGGCCCGGUGAGGCUUGUGCAGCCGGGAGCAGCUCCGACACGCUGCUGCUGUGCAGGGCGUGCGGACACGAGCUGGCUGUCGGGACAGACAUCCACUUCGUCCCCAGUCGUCUGGCUCUCUCCAGUCGCAACGACACGCAGCUCGGAGGUCGGAGGGUUAAUAUACAGCUUUUUGAAAACCCCCACGGACACCGAUUUGAGGUGAUCACGUUCAGAAACGCGGACGUAACGCAGCAUUGGCCGGCAGAUAAACGCUUCUCCUGGUUCCCUGGGUACGCAUGGACCGUGGCCACCUGUCCUCGGUGUAAUACUCAUUUAGGUUGGGGUUUCCAGCCCAUCAACUGGCCAGACACAAUCACAAAAACCAGAUUUGAGGAGUCAGAGCACACCUUCCUGGCUUUAAUCACCCAUCAACUGUUAAGAGAAGACUUUGCCUCGAGCCUUCUCGUGACCCCAAAAUCUUUUGUGAGCUGAUGUGCGUUGACUGUAAAAUUAUAAACCAGGUGCCUUUGCUGCUACCUAAAUCUAUUUUUUAAAUAAAUAAAUUUCUAU